GUGCGGCGCGGGCCCCGCGGGGGCCGCAUCCCAGGGGCUGUCUCCCUGCCGCGCCGCGCGCUGAUCGACGACUCGACAGGCUGGCUGCUGCCGUUGGAGCAACAGAGGCAGAUCCUGAUGGAGCGCUUGGGGCUUUCGGAGGCGGACCUUCCAGGAAGCCUCCCGGGGUCAGCGACUGGUGGCAAGACCACUAGUACGGAGGGCAGCGGGGUUGAGGGUGGCGAGCAGCGGCAGGUGGUGUUGUACUGCAACGGGGGGGUGGCGGCCUGCACCGCGGCGCUGGCACUGCAGCGGCUGGGGCACAGAAACUGGGCGGUGUAUGAUGGCAGCUGGAACGAGUGGGGGGCAAGGGAUGACUUGCCGCUUGAGACAGGGGGUGGGCAGGCAUGA